AUGAAUGAAUCACACUCACUAUCCGAUACUAUACCAGAAAAAAAACAAGAUAUAAUAAAAAAAGAGGACACUAUUAAUGAUAAGAAAGACAACUCACAAGUAUCAGCCACUUUUAUACAUUCUUCAAAUGCCUCCUCUUCACCUUCUGUGCCAAUUUUGUCACCUGUACUUACAGAAGGAGUAGAAGAAGGAGUAGAAGAAGAAGCAGAAGAAGAAGAUAUCAGUCAGCACCAUCAAGAAAAACAACACUACAACACUGAUAUUAAUAAUAACGAUUUUAUUGGAAAAAAUACUACAGAUACUAAUGAAAACAACAACCAUACAACCACCAAUAACCGUACAACCAACCCUAAAAGAGUCAAAGUAUACAUUUUGGAAAAUAAUGAGUGGAAAGAUGUGGGAACAGGUUAUUGUACUGGAGAAUUGCUCAAAACCACUAAUCACGAUACUAAUACGAGCAGAGUUACAAACGAUAAUACUACUACAGCUAAUACACAUAAUGGUGGAAAUGAGGAUGAACAAAUUGAUGAAGCUUAUCUUUUAGUCCAUGAUGAAAAGUUUCCCGAUGUGAUGUUAUUAAAAUCAAAGAUUGAAGGAAAUGUUGAAUAUCAAAGACAAGAAGAAACUUUGAUUGUUUGGAAAGAUCUAUUAAAAAGAGAUAUAGCUUUAAGUUUUGAGGAAAGUAAUGGGUGCGAUCACGUAUGUGAAUUUAUUGUCAAUGUUCAAAUGAAUUUAGUUCAUUCCAUUAGCUUGGUGGCAGUUAAAUCAGAUUUAUCUAACAAUUCAACGGUCCAUGAAAUUAUUGCGGGCCCCGUAAACUUGCCCACUAUAAGUCCCGAUCAAAAUUGUUGUGACCUAUUAACAAGUUUGAAAUAUCUAAAUGAGAAUUUAUCUUACAUUUUUUUGAAAAAUGAAACAAUAAGUUUUAUCUUAGCAAGUAAUUAUAUUGAACUAUUAAUUAAACUUUUCAAUAAAGCUGAAAGUUGUCAUUUAUUAAAAAAUUUACUAUUACUAAGUUCUAUAAUGAAAACUCUAUUUAUUUACAACGAAAAAGUGUUAAUCGAAAGAAUAUUAGAAGAUUCGAACUUUGACUCCAUUUUAGGAAUACUAGAGUACGAUACUGAUUAUCCAACAAUGAGAGCUAAUCACAGAGCCACUUUCCACAGUAUUUUUAUUAAACAACAUGAAAAAUUUAAUCAAUGGUUUAAAUAUAACACAAACUCACUUUUCAAAGAGGUUAUAUUAAAAACUUGUAAGUUAAUUUUUUUGAAAGAUGUUGCGUUGGUUAGAUUUUUAGAUGAUUUCCCCAUAAUCUGUGAUUUAAUACAAGAAUACCAAACUUUUAUCAUUGAUUAUAUGACGAAUGGCUCCGAAUUUUUAGAUAAGAUAUUGGGUAUCUUUAGCCCAAGAGACGAUUCGGUCGACAACGGUAAUACCAAGGAUGCAAACAAUUCUGCUAAAUGGGAAGCUUUAAAUAUACUACAUCAAUGUAUUCUAAUGACCAAAAAUUCAUUUGUAGAACAUUCCGAGAAGUCUGAAUUUUUUCAUAAAUUGGUUACUUCAGGAUUGUUUAAAGUUUUAUAUUUUGCAUUUGAUACAAGUGUUAGCACUCCCGACAGCAUUACUAUUAAUACAACUCAUGAUAAAAAUCACACAGAUACUUCCUUUUCUCUAUCUGAUUUGGAAUCCAUGCGUAUACUAGCCACAGAUAUCAUAAUUGCUAUUAUUGAUCAUGAUGUUUUAUUAAUUAAUAACUCGUCUGCAAGUGCAGCUGGUGCCAUGAGUUAUGCUGAACAACAACAAAAUAGUAUUGGUAAUAUCAAUUAUAAUAAGUCUGCUGAGACCACCCUUCCAUUAUUACAAAAAAUCGAUGACUACAAUACUGACAUAGACACUUCCAAACUAAGUAAUGAUAUGACUUUAUUAAUGAUUUUAUCUAAACUAUUGGUGGAGGAUAAAAAUAUUUGUUUAAAAGAGCAAAUAUUACAAGCUUUAUUAACUUUAUUGCAUCCAGACGGCAAUGAUGGUGCCGAAGAUUUUUUGACGUCUAAUAGUAAUAGUUGUGGUAAUAAUAAUAACUACACUGAAGAUAAUUAUAAUAUGGAUGAUAAUAUUGAGGAAGAUAAUUUAGGGUUUGUUACUACUGGUACGACAGGUUCCUCGAAUCUUGGUGAUUUUGGAUCUAGUGAUAACGACACACUUUUUGGCGAUAUAAAUGAAAAUGACAACAUGGAUGCUACUGUUGCCGCUAUUACCAAUAAUAACACUAACAAAAAUACCAUGUAUGUUUGCGAUAAUACUGAUAUUAUCAUGGACGAUAAUGAAAUGGAAUUAAAGAACAGAGAUUUAAAGGUAGAUUAUUUUGAAAUGUUUGAUUUUUUAAAUGCUUUUUAUAAGGAAGUGGCACCAAUAUUAUUUGGUCCACUCAUUUCAUUGGAACUAUGUGGCACGAAAGGUAAUAGCAGUUUUACCUACCAGGAUAAUUUAUUAAUGCUUUAUUUAAUUAAAUUGGUCAAUUUUAUUGCUGUCAUUCAUCAAAGACACAUUUCAAGAAAUUUUAUUUUAGAGAAUCACAUCUUGAUAAAGAUUUCACAAUUGGUCAAUAACAAGAAUGUAACAUUGCAAUUGAAAUUAUCAUGUAUAAGAUGUUUGAAAAACAUUAUUGAAUUGGAUGACACUUAUUAUAUUAGAUAUAUCAUCUCCAAAAAUUUAUUAACCCCAGUGUUUGCUUUGUUAAGCGCUAACAUGUUUAAAGACAAUCUAUGUACAUCAACCAUAUUGGAUUUACUAAAGAAAAUAGUGGAUCACAGUGAAGCUUCGAAUUCCAGAUUAUUGAAUAGGUAUAUUGUCGGGAAUUUUAGAGAUUGUCUUAUUGGUGUUAAUUAUUCAGAACUAAGUGAUAAAAUGUUCAAUAUGGAAAAUGAAAAGCAGUUAAUAGACCCUGUUCAAAUUAUCUCAUCGAAAAAAACAGUUUUAAAACCUGGAGCUACUUCUAUGCCUCCUUCUAAAGCAUCUUCUAUUCAUCAUAAAAGAACAAGACGAGGAAUUUUAAAUGAACAGGUAAUAUACAGUGAUGAUGACAGUGCUAAUUAUGACGAUGAUGAUGAUGAUGAAGAAGAAGGAGAAGAAGAAGAUUUUUACAGUAAAGAUGAGGAUAUAGAUGAUGAUGUUUUCAGUAGAUAUAACCUUAAAAAUAAGGAGCGUCGAUUAAGCGAUGAUCUCAAAAAUUAUAAUCAUGAAAAUCACAACAAGCAUAGUAAUACAAAUAAAAAUAAUGGUAAUAAUAGAAAUGGGAAUAAAAAAGUUAUUAAAAACCAAAAUGCGCUUUCAUUAAACGGUAACAAUGAUAUUGGUGAUGGAGGAGGUAGCAAUAGCAGCAGUAAUAGUGGAAGCGAGAACGAUAGUGAUGAAGAAUUACAUCCAAUAAAACAAAGAACAUUAUCAGUAUAA